CCCAAGCAAUCAGUCAACAUGUCUGCUCCCAAGGGACCUUUCCGCCUUGUCACCGUCAACACUGCUCCCGAGAGAGCCAAGCGCCUCAUCGGGCGUCUGAUUGAGGCACUCAAGGACCGCUACACUAUCAUCCACGUUGACAACUGCGAGAAGAUCGAGGAAGUCGAACCUAAGGUUCGGGAGCACAUGCCUGACGUCUUGUUCAGCGCAUCUAUGUGGACUGCCGAGCAGGCUCAGGAGAUCCACGCCAUCGCUCGUUCGAUCAACCCCACCAUCAAGCUUCACGCCAUUCCCGAAGGCCUCCAGGUCGAGAGGGGCCCUGAUGCCAUUGUCGAAUACCUCUGCGAGAAGGUUCCUCCCUUGUUGGAUGCUUGAGUCGAAUAUGAUUAAGAAGUGGGGAUGCCCGGAGCAAUUUAGGCUCACUUGCUUGAUCUGGUCGAAUUGAUGAUACGCAAUGUCAUGUAUAUAGUUCACUUCACGACGCAUAUUUGCGAAGUAGCGAAGUUACGAUCUCAAAAGACUGAUUUGUACAGUACACCGACCAUUGUGACUGCUAGCCUAUGUGCCCAUGUGGUGCAAAGAUAUGAACCAUAAGUCGUCAUAUAGACGGUGGAGACUCAAACUGCCAAACGAGUAUGCAAUUGAAGUAGAGUAAAUGAAGCACCAGCUUCCUGCAAUGCCCCCUAGUUUGGGAGGUAUUGAGAGCUGUUGACCGCCAGUUUAUCACUUGUUGUUCUGUUCG